CCGGAGCGGCCCGGGGUCAAGACGUCCGGCCUCGGGGCCCGGGGCUGGGCAGCCGGGUCCCCCGAGCGGCGCUGAGUGGGCGGGCGGGCGGCGAGGGCCCGGGUCUCGGGGCACUCAGGCCGGGUCGCAGGAUCGUCCGCCGUCACCGCUGCCGCCGCCGCACUGGGAGCCGGCGGGGAUGGAACGGGAGGCGUCGCCGUGGGGCCUCGAGCCACGGGAUGUGCAAAGCCCUGACGAAAUGGGGAGCCCCGAAGGGUCCCUGAAAGGCAAUAAGAGUGAGAAUGAGGAAGAGGAAACUUCUCAGCAAGAAGGCACUGGAGACUAUGAGGUUGAAGAGAUACCUUUUGGUCUUGACCCCCAGAGCCCUGGGUUUGAGCCACAAAGCCCUGAGUUUGAACCCCACAGCCCCAGGUUUGAACCUGAAAGCCCAGGUUUUGAGUCCCGAAGCCCUGGGUUUGUGCCCCCAAGCCCCGAAUUCGCACCCAGAAGCCCCGAGUCAGAUUCUCAGAGCCCUGAGUUUGAACAUGGCAGCCCUAGAUAUGAGCCUCGCAGCCCUGGGUAUGAACCCCGUAGCCCAGGGUAUGAGCCCCGCAGCCCAGGGUAUCAACCCCGUAGCCCAGGGUAUGAACCCCGAAGCCCUGGGUAUGAGCCCCGCAGCCCGGGGUAUGAACCUCAGAGCCCGGAGUAUGAAACUCACAAUGCUGAAUUCAAAUCCCAGAGCCCUGAGUUUGAAGCUCAAAGUUCCAAAUUCGAGGAAAGUGCAGAAACACUGCUGAGUUCUGAAGAAAAGACCCCCUUGAGCAUCCCCCUGGGAGGCCACCCUUUGGACUCCUUCACCCAGGGCUUUGGGGAGCAGCCCACAGAGGGUUUGCCUCUGGGUCCGCCUUUUGAGAUGCCCACGGGGACCCUGCUGUCUACACCCCAGUUUGAGAUGCUCCAGAAUCCCCUGGGCCUGUCGGGGCCUCUGCGGGGACCAGGUCGAAGAGGGGGCCGGGCCAGGGGUGGGCAGGGUCCUCGGCCGAACAUCUGCGGCAUCUGUGGGAAGAGCUUCGGGCGGGGCUCCACCCUGAUCCAGCACCAGCGCAUCCACACGGGGGAGAAGCCCUACAAGUGCGAGGUGUGCAGCAAGGCCUUCUCGCAGAGCUCCGACCUCAUCAAGCACCAGCGCACCCACACGGGCGAGCGGCCCUACAAGUGUCCUCGUUGUGGCAAGGCCUUCGCUGACAGCUCUUACCUGCUUCGCCACCAGCGCACUCACUCUGGUCAGAAGCCCUACAAGUGCCCACACUGUGGCAAGGCCUUCGGCGACAGCUCCUACCUCCUGCGGCACCAGCGCACCCACAGCCACGAGCGGCCCUACAGCUGCCCGGAGUGCGGCAAGUGCUACAGCCAGAACUCCUCCCUGCGCAGUCACCAGAGGGUGCACACCGGCCAGAGGCCCUUCAGCUGCGGCAUCUGUGGCAAGAGCUUCUCGCAGCGCUCAGCCCUCAUCCCCCAUGCCCGCAGCCAUGCCCGGGAGAAGCCCUUCAAGUGCCCUGAGUGCGGGAAGCGCUUUGGCCAGAGCUCAGUGCUGGCCAUCCACGCCCGCACCCACCUGCCCGGCCGUACCUACAGCUGCCCUGACUGCGGCAAGACCUUCAACCGCUCCUCCACGCUGAUUCAGCACCAGCGCUCGCACACGGGUGAGCGGCCCUACCGCUGCGCUGUCUGCGGCAAGGGCUUCUGUCGCUCCUCCACGCUGCUGCAGCACCACCGGGUCCACAGCGGGGAGCGGCCCUACAAGUGCGACGACUGCGGCAAGGCCUUCUCCCAGAGCUCCGACCUCAUCCGCCACCAGCGCACCCAUGCGGCCGGCAGGCGCUGACCGCCUCUGGGGACCGGGAGGGUGGACCCAGGAGAGGGAGGCAGGGAGCUAGCGGACCCUUCGGAGAGGAUGGAGCCGAGUGGGGGAGUCAGGUUCUGGGAGGAGCGGGGCCAGGGUGCUGGAAGUAGGUGCAGGAGGGAGGCCAGGCAGGCAGCAGGAGGCUCGGGGACAGCCGGAAGGAGGGGGGCAUUGCUGGCCCCGGCAUCAGCCUGCCCCACCUACGGGUGCCUGACUUGGCAGAGUGCUAAAUGGGGUGGGGGGAGGGGAGGGAGGGUUGCGUCAGUCAUUAGCGUGGGGGUAGCUUAGAUUGGUAGCUGCUGAGAACCUCGUGGCGUCUGGAAGACGGGGUAAGAGGGCAGGUGGGUGGAGAGACCCGGGGGACCGGGCCUUUGAGUGCAAACCUCCCUCCUUGUCCUACUCAGACUUUGGAACCCCUGAAUUUGAGUUCAAUAAAAGCCUUUAUGUGAUAAGAACAACUCG